ACAUAGAUGGGUGACAUUAAGGUGUGGAAUGAAACAGAGGUGACUGAAUUUGUCCUGUUGGGACUCUCAGAUAAUCCCAAACUGCAGCCUGUCCUCUUUGUGAUAUUUCUCUUCAUCUACACAGCCACCAUGGUGGGAAAUUUGGGAAUGAUCCUUCUCAUCAAGAUUGAAUCCCGACUCCAUACUCCCAUGUAUUUCUUCCUCAGCUGUUUGUCCUUUGUGGACUCAUCUUACUCCUCUUCAAUCACUCCCAGGAUGUUGGUAAAUCUCUUUGAUGAAAAGAAGGCCAUCUCCUUCAAUGGUUGUGCUGCUCAGUUUUUCUUCUUUGGCUCAUUUGUAGGUAUUGAGUGUUUCCUCUUAGCAAUGAUGGCGUACGAUCGUUAUGUGGCCAUCUGCUAUCCAUUAUUGUACUCUGUCAUCAUGUCUGAAAGAAUUUGCCUCUUGCUGGUAGUUACUGCAUUCUUAGGUGGAUUUAGUAAUGCAGCUGUUCACACUGGCAUGACCUUCAGGUUGUCAUUUUGUGGCUCUAAUCUGAUUAACCAUUUUUAUUGUGAUACACCUCCCCUCCUGAAACUCUCGUGCUCUGACACUCGUGUUAAUGGGAUUGUCAUCAUGAUUUUCUCCAGCUUCAUUGUUAUCAGUUGCGUGCUGAUGAUCCUCAUGUCUUACCUUUUCAUCCUUGUCACCAUCUUGAGGAUGCACUCUGCUGAGGGAAGAAGCAAAGCCUUUUCCACCUGUGCUUCCCACCUUAUGGCUGUAACCAUUUUCUUUGGGACCAUUCUUUUCAUGUAUGCACGUCCUACCUCCAGUUAUUCAAUGCAGCAAGACAAGGUUGUCUCUGUAUUUUAUACAAUGGUUAUUCCCAUGCUCAAUCCCCUCAUAUAUAGUUUAAAAAAUAAGGAUGUGAAGGAUGCCUUGAAGAAGAUUUUCUUGAAAAAUACUCCUUAG